ACUGUAAACUCCGAUGCUGCAUGAACGUCAGCUCGAGGGAAUGGACAAUUGAGGCUCCUUCUGCAGGUCGACUCUUCAGCUAGCUCGUCGUUCGACAGGUGGUCAUAGUGAGUGUCGGACAUGUCGCCUCCCAGUUUCUUUCUUGCGUUAGCAGGCCACAACGGUCACCAAGUCUACUUGUCGUCGUCAAAAAACCUUGGCCUCACCCCAAACGCGACCAUCGAACAGCUGCGUGACCGUGUACAGCGAAUCCACGACAUUUCUUGCCACUAUUGCCACGCGACUCGCCUCAGAACUGCAUGGAAAUGCACGCUCGGCUUUCCUGUAGGCGCAACGCUCCUUGAUGCUCGCCCAGCCGAGGCUGUCAAGCUCAACGAUGAGGAUCCCUUGGCGCUGCAUUUUCCUGUCCCUAUUGAGUUGAUGUUUGAUAUCGAAAAGCUUGGUAUGUUCUUCUUAUCCGUUGCUGCCGGUAGAGCCCGCAACAAGAAGCCUCCUAAGAUUAUACACGAACAUACUCGCAAAGACCUUGGAAAUGGCGUUUAUACGAACCCUGAGCUUAGUUCCGUUAACUUGCAUCUACCUCCCGACCAAUGCACGGAUUUUCGCGAACUAGUCUUGACGCCAGGCCGUCUCUACGUCGACAAGACUUCAACGACUCUCUCUAUGGAAGAACACGGUAUCAAUUUUUUUGGCGUCGUCCGUCGCCCCCCAGGCUGCGGCAAAACGACAUGGCUAUCUGCCCUAGCCCAUCUCCACGAUAUUCAUCACGCAAGGAGUCGUCGGCUUGCCCCUUUUGCAGACAACAUCCCUCUUCCGAAUGCCAAUAAUCAUCAUAUUCUUCGACUUGACCUCGCGGAACUCGUGCCCUUUGCUCGCACUGAAGAUGACUAUAAGCCUGAAGAUUCGAGUUCGUGUGGGUACAGUCGGACGUACAUGUAUGCUGCAAGAGCAUUGAAGGAGUUUGUCUGCGAAGAGUUACGGAGGUUCUUUGACAAGUACCGGGAAGAGAUCCACAUCUCUGAUCGCAAGAAGAGAAUCUGUCUUUCAUAUAGGUCUGCGCGAUCCUGCUUUAGUGGAGCUUUGGAGGAAAUCUUUCUCUCUCCGCAUCCCCUCUACAUGCUUGUGGAUAAUUACACAGCUCCUUUCCUUCACGAGCACCUUGACGAGGACACCAAAUCGGAAAUAGAUGUUUGCCUACACGACGAAUUCUUCUGCAAUGUGGGUUCUUUGAUCGAUCAUGGGCGACUCGAUAGGGUGUUCAUUGUCGGCGAGUCUGUACCUCGGGAGUACAAGUGCAACUAUGGACUUGGAAAUCUUGGGAAGGAUUAUACGACUGCUGCUGCGAUGCAGGAGACGUUUGGGUUUACGGCUGCGCAGGUGUUGACGAUGAGCGAGGCGUUGGGGAUUGAGAAGGGCAGGGUGAUUGAGGCGUUUAGAAAGGAGGGUAUUACGGCUGAGACGUUUAUGCGUGAAGAGAAAGAGGAGUACAUUGGAUGCUUCAAGUAUCGUGCGUUUGAGUUUGAUCAAGAUGAUCUGCCGGCUGCUGUGUAUCCUAUGAGGCCGGUGCUUGAUGUUCUCAGAAGGCUGGAGGGGAAUGAAAUUUAAUA